CUAGCUUCAAUUGACUCAUGAUAUAUAUAUAUAUAUGAUAAAUUUCGUCGUUUCACUGUAUUAUGGUUGAAUAAAUAAUCUCAUUUUAUAAUGAAUGAAUUCAUGUGGUUUACAUUCAAUAGUGAAAAACAAAUGAAAGAAAAGAAAAUAAAGAUGAAUUUAGUUAAAUUAUAGUUAGUUCGUUAGGUAUGAAAACAAGUUGUUAGGACAGAUAAGCAAAAUAAACAUUAUUUAUAGAUUGUAUUAUAUUCAUAAGACUAGUUUAUACUUGGAUUUCCCCCCCCCCAUUCAUCUAUUCUAUUCCCUUGAAAUAAAUGAACAUAUAAUGAUAUUUAUAUACUCAUGUAAUAUGACUUAGUUUUGAGAUGAUGAUGAUGAUGAUGAUGAUGAUGAUGAUGAUGAUGAUGAUGAUGAUGAUGAUGAUGAUGAUGAUGAUGAUGAUGAUGAUGAUGAUGAUGAUGAUGAUGAUGAUGAUGAUGAUGAUGAUGAUGAUGAUGAUGAUGAUGAUGAUGAUGAUGAUGAUGAUGAUGAUGAUGAUGAUGAUGAUGAUGAUGAUGAUGAUGAUGAUGAUGAUGAUGAUGAUGAUGAUGAUGAUGAUGAUGAUGAUGAUGAUGAUGAUGAUGAUGAUGAUGAUGAUGAUGAUGAUGAUGAUGAUGAUGAUGAUGAUGAUGAUGAUGAUGAUGAUGAUGAUGAUGAUGAUGAUGAUGAUGAUGAUGAUGAUGAUGAUGAUGAUGAUGAUGAUGAUGAUGAUGAUGAUGAUGAUGAUGAUGAUGAUGAUGAUGAUGAUGAUGAUGAUGAUGAUGAUGAUGAUGAUGAUGAUGAUGAUGAUGAUGAUGAUGAUGAUGAUGAUGAUGAUGAUGAUGAUGAUGAUGAUGAUGAUGAUGAUGAUGAUGAUGAUGAUGAUGAUGAUGAUGAUGAUGAUGAUGAUGAUAGAGAAGAUUUAUAGUUUCAUUAAAUGAUUUUAAUCGAGUUUUGUUCUUUGAACUGGAUGAUUUGAUUGUGGAACUUUCAUCAUUCUUCUAAACGAUAUCAUGAACAUACACUUCAAGUCAAUAGGAACUCAUAUCAAUAUCAAAGUCUAACACUUCACUUCUAUCUGAAGUUUAUGUUGAUGAUGUCGUUCAUGAAGAAUAAUGAACGACAUCAUCACAACCAAGCCAUCCAGUUCAGAGAAUAAAACUCUAUCCAAAUCAUCUAGUUGAAUUACAAAAUGUUUUGAUUUUCAUCAUCCCGAUUUCACUUAGGUUAGAUAUCACACUCUGCAGAAAUUAAUUAAUAAACCUUCAAUUUUAUAAAUUAUUUACUUACUUAGUUAGUUACUUACGCCUGUCACUCCCAAUAAAACAUAGGCCGCCAACCAGCAUUCUCUAACCAACUCUGUCCUCUGUAUUCCUUUCUAGUUCUAUCCUAUUGUUGUUCAUUCUUCUCAUGUCUAUCUCCAUUUCUUGACGUAGUAUGUUCUUUGGUCUCCCUCUCCUCUCUCUUUGGUCCUGAGGAUUUCAUGCGAGGGUUUGUCCUGUGAUGCAGUUUGAUGCUUUCCUGAAUCUGUGUCCUAUCGACUUCCAGCGCCUCUUCCUGACUUAUCCCUCUAUUGGGAUCUGGUUUGUUCUCUCUCAGAGUAGGUUAUUGCUGACAAGUGUCUGAUCAACGGAUCUUAUUCAGUAACUUAAAAGUAAAGUGUUUAACAAUGCUGGUAAAGUUCUUUUUUAAACACUGGAUUUAAUGUGAUAUCCUAUUUACACGUACUAUUGAGUACUUCUUAAUUUGAAUGGAAAAUAUAUUUUAAAUGUUAUCACGUAAGGAUUAUUUUCCGAUAGUAAAUUUUUACAGUUGAAUUCAUGAGUCAACCUAAGCUAGAUCACUAUUGGAAGUCAGGAAGUACUGGAUGACCAUUUCGUCCUAGUACGAGAGAGACUCUUCGUCAGUGCGUAUCCACAAUCCCGCACACAAGACUCAAAUCCAGGACCUAUCACUCUUGCGCGUGAAAACUCAACCUCUAGAUCAUUAAGCUAUCAUCCAACGAUACUAAUGUCUAAAUUCAUUCAAUCCAUGUUCUUACUCAACUCUUGAGUCCCGCGUAUAGAAUCCUUAUUGCAUACUACUCAGGAUUCCUAUACUAGAAUGAAACGAUCCUUGAAUGCUUACAAAUUUUCCAUAGUGGUCUAACUUAAAUUGACACAUGAAUUUAAUUGUGAAAAUACUACAAUCUUCACAAUUCCCCAUACUGAUGAUAAACUUAUAUUUAUAAAACAAAUGUAUCUACAUAAAUCUCUUAAAGAUUUGGACAAAUCAUUAAGUGGAACUUCUUUUAUUCAAUAAUAUAAGUAGUAUUAUACAUUUUAUGUAUGUCGGAUUUUGUUAUAAUUGACUAACCAACUAACUAAUUACAUCAUUAGCAUAAGUACUUUUAUUUAAACGUUUACAACUUAACGCUAAUGUGAAAUGAUGCGAAACACUGCAGUGAUUAGUUGUAUGUAGUUUCUUUGUCAUAUAGCGAUAAUAUAACUGAAUUACAUAAAGAAAGAACUAAGAAUGCUCUACACCAACUUAUCUAAUACGUUAAGAACAUGAAAGGCUGAAGAUGAUUGUAAUUGUACAUAAAUGACAAAUAGUUACUAUUGUAAAGAGGGGGAGAGAGAGCGAGAGAGGGAGUAAAUUUUCAUUGCCGUUUAUUACUUUGUACUAAGAACAAUGUACUUUAACCGAACAUAAAUUAUUGAAUAGUACUAUUUUCAUUCAUUAUCUGUCCGAUAUAGAUAGUAAAUAGAUUGAAUACAAACAUUACUAUGGUAUUUUGUCCCUAAAUUGUUAAGGUGUAUCUUAGUUUAUAUCAAUGAAUGACCAGUUAUUUGUUUGUAAGAACAUUUAGUUGAUCAAAUAUCUGGAUAAGUAGUAGGGUUCGAUUCGCACUAAGAAGGACCUGAAAUACAUGACAUUGAUCAUCCACCACUCAAUGAUCAAUCAAUUGUGAUUACAUC